CCCCGACGUCAGAUCAGUACUUUUUCCAGCGUACCACCGUUCGAUAGCAAAUUUUAUUUGCUGGGAUAGAUUUUCUUUCGAGUGGAAUCAGGUGGUAGCGGUGGUGUGUGCUGUUCAUUUGUAGUAAUCAAUCGGCACGUGGUGCUCCUGCGUGCAUCGAUCGAAUCAUAGUAGCAAAAAGUAGCAAAGUAGGCGUAGGUUUACAAAAUUGCAUUUGCUUAGGAGCGCAUCCGUCAACCUGCAACGAAAGUGAAGCAAGAAGUGAGUUUGUGAAAAUUCCCACAGUGCGGUGUGAAGCGCAUCGAAAAAUCUUCCAACCUGCUCAAUCUUCGAAGCGUACCGUCGAAAAAUUGCCAUGUGAUGCAAAUGCGCUAAAGUGAAUGUGUUUCAGCCGAAUGCAUUAGAAGUGUGUGCUGCUGUGUGUCAAAGGUACACACAAUCCUCGUUUGGGAAAGAUAAUCAUCGAAACCGGCACACCAAGCCAAAAUAUAUCCUUUGUGCAUUGCUGCUGCAAUCGAGAAAAAGAAGAAAAAUCCCAAAAUCCUCAAACCUGUGGUGUGGUCUUGAGAUUUAAAUCCGGUGCUCUACCGGGUCGAAGUGAGUGUGAGUGUGACGAGGGUAGAAAACCAAGUGCGAACUAAGGGAGGGAGGCGGCGACGGGUGUACAUCCGUAACUAGAUAGGGCGAUGGCUUCCGGAGACACGGCCGCCAUCGAGACGAUCGACCUCGAGUCGGCCCUGUCGACGAAAAACUCCGAGUUCACUACCAGCAGCAAGGAUCAGCCGUCGGAGCAAGAUGAAUAUGGAAAAUUCAAAGAAACACCGGGAAAGUUUAGUAUUGCUGAAGGGAUGUCGGGGGAGCAGUCACUGCGGCCUCAUCGGCCCAAGUCGGACAAGGAGCGCAAGAUCGGUCACCGGCGGGUCGGCGAGGGGGGCGAGAUUACGUACAAAAAGAUCCAGACGACCACGAUCAUGGGCUCGAUCCAGCUCGGCAUCCAGCACACGGUGGGCAGCCUGGCGUCGAAACCGCGGCGCGACCUGCUGAUGAUGGACUUUUGGGAGCUGGAGACGAUAUCGUUUCCACCGGAGGGCUCCAGUAUGACACCCGCGCACCAUUACAGCGAGUUCAAGUUCAAAAUCUACGCUCCGAUCGCGUUCCGAUACUUUCGCGACCUAUUCGGAAUUCAGCCGGACGAUUUCAUGAUGUCCAUGUGUUCAGCCCCACUGCGGGAACUGUCGAAUCCGGGUGCAUCCGGUUCCAUCUUCUACCUGACGGACGACGAUGAGUUCAUCAUCAAAACCGUGCAACACAAGGAGGGCGAGUUUCUGCAAAAGCUAUUACCAGGGUACUACAUGAAUCUAAAUCAAAAUCCCCGCACGCUGUUACCGAAGUUUUUCGGCCUGUACUGCUACCAGUGCAAUAGUAAAAACGUUCGAUUAGUCGCCAUGAACAACUUGCUGCCCUCCUACGUUAGGAUGCACCUCAAAUACGAUCUCAAGGGUUCGACGUACAAGCGAAAGGCAAACAAAGCCGAACGCUCGAAAUCGUCGCCCACGUACAAGGACCUCGACUUCAUGGAACAACACCCGAACGGGCUGUUCCUGGAAGCGGAAACGUACAGUGCCCUGAUCAAGACGAUCCAGCGCGACUGCCGCGUGCUGGAGUCGUUCAAAAUCAUGGACUACUCGCUGCUGGUCGGCAUCCACAAUCUCGACCUGGCGGUGAAGGAGAAGCAAGAGGCGGCCGCCAAGGCGCGCUCGGAGGGUGAAUCGGAUUACGAAGACGCACCGGAAGCGGAUCAGUACAUGGUGCAGGAGCGUGAGGAGCAACGCUCGACGGCACUUAACCGAAGCAGAUCUAUUAACCGCCAACGGCUUGUUGCGCAUUCGACAGCAAUGGAAAGUAUUCAGGCCGAAAGCGAACCGAUCGACGAGGAGGAUGACGUUCCUCCCGGUGGUAUUCCGGCACGCAGCGAAAAGGGCGAACGUUUGCUGCUAUUCAUCGGUAUUAUAGAUAUCCUGCAGUCCUAUCGGUUACGGAAAAAGCUCGAACACACGUGGAAAAGUAUUAUCCACGACGGUGAUACCGUGUCCGUGCACCGGCCUUCCUUCUAUGCACAACGCUUUCAGGAAUUCAUGGCCAAAACUGUUUUCAAGAAGAUUCCAUCCCUGGAUCUGCCCGAGAUCAAAGGCAAUCAUAGAAAAUUUCGCACGUUGGUCACCAGCUACAUAGCGCUAAAACAUUCACCAUCCAAGAGAAAAAGUUUGUCGAAAGCAGCACAGAGAGCAAAGAAUGAAGAAACUGAUAGUCAGCCCGUAGCCGGCAGCUCCCACCAUCACCAAAACCAACAGUUCAAUCCGACGCAGGCGCAUUUCAAUCAGCACACAACAGGGACACCUAAAUCAGAUGUAGAAACGUCCUCCAGUGUACACACGGCAGCAACAAUCACUACGACCUCGAGCAGCAGUGCGGCCGCUGGUGGCGGGGUCGGUCUUGCCGGUGCUGCUUCCACCGGCGGUAAAGGGGGAACGGGCCCGGCCGGGUACGGCAAGGGGGCGGCCGGUGGUAGCAGCGCAACCGGUACGCCAACCAAUAUGCCACCGUUGAAAAAGAAAACGUCGGUCGUGAAGCAGAGCGUCCCUCCGCCGGUUCCACCGCGCGGUUCGCCAAAACGCUUCGUAUCUCGUAUCUGGCUAGGCACAUCUCCUUCCUGUUCUUCCACUCCUCCUCCCGCUUUUGACGACAUCUCCGAGCACGGUAGCAGUACAUCGACACUCGUCGGACGACAAAACGGGCAGCAGCAGCGGAAUCGGCAGCAGCGCCGGUCCCAGUGGCAGUGGUGGCGGCGGUGCCCACGGGGGUGGUGGCCUCGUGAUAACUACAAAGAAGACUCAAUAAGUAUAUCAGAAAUAAGAUUAGAAAGUCAUUUAGCAGUCGAAUCAUCAUCCAAUAGCAAUUACGGCUCCAGAGGAGCCCUAGCAUCGGUCGAAGGAUCGACCCCCACGUGGACUGAGGGAACGCCCAGCUUUACGGAUUCGAGCUCGAGCGGUGAUAUUGGAACAUUCUCAGGCCAUUCGUCUCCCAUGUCGGACCGGGACCGCCACAAGCCCACGGUCGAGAAGGCGCUGAACUCGCUCACAUCGGAAAUGGUAAGCUUUUCCAAGAUACACCAGCUUCAUCAUCACCAUCAUCACCACCACCAGUACCAGUACUCCUCCUCCACCUCAUCGGUGUCGUCCGCUUCGGGGCACCAAAAUGGCAGCCACGGCAUCAUCAACAUCAACAGCAGCAGCCUGGGCCGGAAGCCGCACCAGCAGCAGCACCAGCUGCACAAGCAAGUGAUCUAUGUGAAGAACAGCAGCUGUUCCAGCAUUGACCAAUCGGUGCACAUAGGUGGGGUUAGCGGAGCGAACGGUGUUGGUGGUAGUGGUGGUGGUGGUGCUGGUGUUAGUGGUAAUGGGGUCCUGAUAAGGGCAGAAACCGGUAGUGGCCGCAGCAGCCCGCUGGUAAUGAUUCGGCGCACGACAUCGACGAAGGUGAGCGAAAGUACCACCUCGUUCGAAAUGGGCGAGCCGCACGCCGCACCAACAACCGGUGGCACGUCCUCUUCCCGGCGAUCCUCGCCAAUCCUAACCACCGGCACGAUCGCACACCACCACCUACACGAUCGUGCAAACGGGAAAGGCGAUUCGUCGCUGACCGAUAGCCAAGAGGAGGGAGCCGAAGCUGGUGGUAGCAGCAAUGGUUCGCUCACCGAAACCGAUCGCAAUGCUCUACGGGAAGCCCGGGAUGAGAAAAAUAUCUAGUCCUUCGGAGGAGUAGAUGCGCGACACUUCAUAUUCGAUUCCGACGUACAGCGCUGAGCGGGAUUAACUUUACUGUUCAAACCGUGCCGUUCGUUACCCACAACGUUUGAUUCUUCUAUUUGACUGGUCGGCCACACUGUGCAGACUAGCCUACAAUAUUCCAUUCCUCGUGAGAAUGUGCUCCGAACCGGGGGCGGGGGCAGGGGCUUCGAUGCGCUAUUGUAUAGAUAGAUUUGUGACAAUGUGAUUUAGUUUAUGUAUGUAUUUAUUAUUUAUCAUCAUCACCAAAACGAACGGGGCUUUAGCGCAAGGGUCAGGUACCGCGCCUACCGGGAUUAGCCCUGCUUGACUAUGAUUGGCCCUGCUGGCAUUAGCAAAAUACUAUUGAACUAUAACGAAUCCGGGUAGGGAGGGUGUAUAUUUUGUUUUUCAUAGUUAGAUAUUCUUUUAGCAUUUGUGUAUAUUUGUCUAGCGGAGAGGGAAAAGUGGCAGAUUGAUAGCAUUCUAAAAGAAUCACCGAUAAGAAGCCAAGUGGACCGUUCCAAAAUGUUAUUCGCUACAAUAAAAGCCACCAUUCGCAUUCCGAGGGUGGUUAGGAACAACGUUUUCCUCGAUUUGGGGAAAAAUGUCUUGUCGGGUUUUCGAUGUAUAAGCUACAUCACAGGUUUGUUAGAAUUGGCAUCGGAAGCCAUCGGUGGAAUAAAGAAAACAGCUAGCGAACAAA